UCACUAGACCAAAACAAAAAAAAAUGGUGAGCUAUUGUUCAAUAGUACAGCACGAGUGACAGCAGAAUUAUCAAAAAAGAAAGAAAGGAAAAAGAAUGAAAAAUACGAGAAUGAAUGAAUGAAAUGAUUAACCAAUUAGCUAAAUAAAUAGCAGAGAGGGAGGGAACCUUCGCUUUCAUUCAUUCACUUCCAGCAAUGGAAUUAGAGGACUUGUUACCUUUUGCUACACUUUGAAAUAUAGUAGCUUUUUCCUGUGUCGUCAUCAUUAUUAACUCAUUAUGAUCAAUCAAUACCUUUCCAAUGAAGUUUUCAUCGUUGGCUCUCUUUCUUAAUACAAAAUCCCAGUUCAGAAAUUCUCCACUUUUCUAUGCCACACAUUGUACACGCUUCUCUCUCUCUCAAUCUUGGCUUUGCUAGUUUUGUUCCACCUUUUCAGUUUUCAUGUCAAGUUUGAAGCUUUGAUGCUUUUCAAGCACAUCCAUCUUCUUGUUUUGAAUUGAUUCAUAGCUGAAGUUUCAGUUGGUGGAUACGGAGUUUGUUCUUGUUCUUCUCAUUGGGUGUGAAAAGGAAGAGUGCUGGUUCAUUUCACAUCAUAUAGAGGGAAAGGAAAAGACCUGAAUUUUUUAUUGGUUGAGACAUGAACCCUGAAAUUGACGACAUGAGAUGAGAGUGUUCAGGUUGACCCUUUGAUAUAUGGGAGGCUUAUUGCACAUGUUUGAGUUCAAUCAGGGUAGGAUGGCCAAGAAAGUUCAUGCCCAGAGGAGCAAUAAUGGUGACCUGGAAAGCUCUGGAAAUGGCAUGGAACUGCAAGUAGAAACAUCUCAGGUCCACUGUGCAGAAGGAGAAUUACCAUACUCUUGUCAAGUAGAAGAUGGCUGGUCAAAGAAAAAUAGUUACUCAAAUGUGGUUUCAGUGAAAAAACUGAACAAAGAGGAUUUAUCCAAACAAUCAGGCACCACCAGAAAUAAUGCACCAAGCCUUGUGGCAAGGUUGAUGGGGAUAGACACCAUGCCAUUGCCAUUAGAGACUAAUUCCGUUGUUCCAUUAGAUGAAAGCAAACAUAAAAAUAUGGAGAGGAAGUUUUCAAAAAAAGGAAUGAAUCGAAGGGGUUCGGUUGGCAGGGGUUCCUCCAACUUUAAUUCUUCUAGCCAGAUGGAAUUUGAUUCUUUUUAUCAAGACAUCGAUGGUGAUCAUGAUGAUGGAUGCAGACAGAAUUUUGGAAAACCAAGGCCUAGGGAACAUCCUCAGGAAGAGGAACUCCAAAAAUUCAAGAAAGAAUUUGAAGCAUAUCAAGAAUCAAGGUUUAAGGAGUGUUCAAAGGAUGUUGAAAUUGGAAGUGGUUCUAGGAGAAUACCUUCUCAAGAGAACCUGAGGAAGGAAAAGAUGCUACAGAUUGCAAGUUCAAAGACAGAUAGCCACACAUUUAAGACAAAGCUACCUAAUGGUAAUAUGAUGGAGCCAAUCCCAACUACGAAAAAAGAUUUCUUUCCUUCAAGAAGUAAAACACUAAGUCGAGACUUUGAGGAGUCUUUAAUGAUGAAAUCUGGAAGCAGAUUAGAUAUAUGUGCUUCUUCCGCUCAGAUAGUUAUCUUGAAGCCUGGUUCUGAUAGGAUUUGCAAUUGCAACCAUGAAGAGAAUUGCAUCAAUUUAUCAGGCACUUUACACGGGAGAAAAGGUUUAGAAGAUUUUCUUGAGGAAGUGAGGGAGCGGUUGGAAUGUGAACUGCAAGGGAUUAGAGCUAGUGGAAUUGAGACACCUUACAAUGAAAAACUAUCUGAUGCUAAAGAGGUCAGAGAAAGUGUGACUAGAGAUGCUGAACCAAAUUUACUCCGCUCAGAAUCAACAAGAUCAUAUAAAAGUAAAAUGCAGUUCAAUGGACCAAGUUCUCCAGAACUUUUCAACAUAGAUACCAGAAGAUUCUUGUCAGAGAGGCUAAGAAAUAUUGUAAAUGGUGAACUGCAUUUGGACAUUCCUGAAGUGGCCUGUUACAAUGAUAGAGUUAGACUAAAGCAGGAUACUACAAAGUGUGCAAAUGACAAGAGCCAGUGGAGAAUUUUGAAAGAGAAAAAAGAAUUACAAACAGGUUCCUAUAGACACAAAUUAGAUGACAAUGUAUUGUUCCACAAGGAUUUGUCUCCUAGAAAUCUUGAAAGAUCCUUGUCUGCUCCUGCAUCAGGAACAUCAUUUGGGAGGCUUCUUCUAGAGGACCGCCACAUUUUAACGGGCGCCCUUAUUCAGAGGAAGCUUGAAGCUGUUGAAGCAAUGCCUGUGGAUGUCAAAAAAAAGAAGAAAGAUGGGUUUAAUAUUAAAGAAAAACUUUCCAAUUUUACUCUUGGUCUCAGAGGGAAGCUGUUUGGCAAAAGGGUUCAGUCAAUAGUUGAAUCACAUGGCAGUGAAUACGGUCCAAUUUUGAGAGAUAUCAGGAGUGGACCAACUGUUUUCAUGAAAUAUGGUGAGAGACAUGAGAACUCAACUGAGGUACCUCCUAGUCCUGCAUCUAUGUGCAGCUGUGUUCAUGAAAAAAAUUGGAGACAGACUGGAUAUUCAAGUUUAACAUCAACUCCAGAUGUAUCUUCAUUAGAUGAUAUUUUUAUUCCCAAGGUUUUCAGAGAUAUCAGCUCUGGUUUGAAUGAGCUAAAGAGACAACUCAGUCAACUUGAUUCCGAUGGCUCUGAGGACUUCACCACUAAGCAGGAGCCUGUUGAGUCAGAAUUAGUUCAAUUAGAUGAUCCAGCAGAAUCUUAUGUAAGAGAUCUGCUUGUUGCCUCUGGUUUGUACUUUGGUUCAUGGGAUAAGUCUCUAUUAAGAGGGGACACAUUUGCAAAGCCUAUUGGCAACUCAGUUUUUGAAGAAGUGGAAGAGUCUCAUGACAAUUUGAUCAAGGAGGAUGAAAGAUCCACAAAGGAUCAGCAGAACAAAAACAAGUUAGAGCACAAGGUUUUGCUUGAUUUGUUAAAUGAGGCACUUUCCAUAGUUCUUGGACCACCUUUGACUUUGUCUAGAUUCCGAAGGAAACUAAGCAAUUCCUCCUUGCAGCCUCCACCAUGUGGAAACGAACUACUGAAGUUGACAUGGGACAUUGUCAGUGUUUCUUUAAAUCCUUCAUCUAACGCAUCUCUUUAUUCACUUGAUAGUUUGGUGGCACAAGAUCUAGGAUCUAUCUCCUGGUCUGGACUAACAAAUGAUCAUAUUGAUACAUUGGAAAGAGAGAUGGCAUGUCUAAUCACUGAUGAUUUGGUUGAAGAAUUCACAAAUGAUAUGGUCUUUUAAGUGUAGUGUGAAGUAUCAUUUUGCCCUUUGCUAAGAUAACGUUUUUCUUUGCAUUGGAGCAAGGCAUGUACGUGAUUAUCUUAUAGUAACCAUAGUGAAAGAUUACUUUCUGUAAGAUAGUUGUGACUUGUGGUAACGGAAUAUUGCAUGAAUGCGUAUAUUUAAUUUUGUGAGUGUGAUAAAGGGGGAGUACAUAGUGUACACUAGUGGUACGCGGGUUAUUAUUUCAAAACAGAAAAUUAAUUGGUUAUAUCAUUUAAUAUAACAAUUUCUCUGUGC